AUGUAUUGCGUUGCACACCUUCAACAUGUAGAAGAAGUUAAUUAUCUCAAGCAGAAUAAUCCCUAUUUUAAUACUUACAACCCAAGUUCAAAGAAUCAUCCAAACUUCUCCUGGAAAGAUCAGCAGGGUAAUAUUCAAAAGCAGGAUCCAGUGAAAUAUCAGAAUCAACAGCAGUUUCAACCUCAACAGAACUUUCAGAAUCAAUUCCUACAACAACAUCAGCAACAAGCACCACAGAAAGUAGAUUGGGAAAUAACUACUGAAAACAUGGUUGUUCAAAAUGCCCAAUUUCAAGAAGAUACAAGGAACAACCAAAGGAACACUACAUCUACAUUUAAGAAUCUGGAAGUUCAAGUGGGACAGAUAGCACAACAACUCUCAAAUCAAGCUCAAGGCACCCUUCCGAGUGCAACAAUACAAAAUCCAAGAAAUCGUAAGAAUAUUAAUGUUGUCACAAUAAGAAGUCAGAAACUUGCUAAAGAUGAAGAAGAUAAGGCAACAAAUGAUCACCAUGUCAUAGAGGUAGAUAUGGAAGUGAGGGAAAAUAAGAAAGAACCAAAAGAAGCUAUACCACCCGCAAAGCCAACUAAAGAGAAAACUAAAAAGGAGGCUAAAUCGGUGAUUAAGUUACCUUACCCUCAGAGAGUGACAAAGAAGGACCUAAAAGAGAAAUACUUUGAGAAAUUCAUCACAAUUUUCAAAAUAUUAGAGAUCAAUAUGUCUUUCUUUAAAGCACUCGAGGAAAUGCCCAUGUACCAAAAAUUCAUGAAAGAGGUAAUCUCUAAAAAGAGACCAAUAAGAGAUGGGCCGGUAACCUUUAAUGAAAAGUUUAGUGCAAUAUCACCAGGUAGGAGAAUCCCAAUCAAGCAUAAGGAUCCUAGAUCUGUCACAGUCCCAUGGACUAUAAAAGACAAAACUUUCAAGAAGGUACUUAUUGAUUCAGGAGCUAGUGUGAGUCUGAUGCCAUUGUCAGUCUAUCAAAGGCUUGGUAUUAGAACAGUCAACGAUACAAGGACAGUUUUGAAAUUUGCAGAUCACUCCAUAAAUAAUGCAUAUGAGGUAGCGGAAGACGUAUUGGUGACAAUGGAGCAAUUUAGUUUUCCUGUUGAUUUUGUGAUUAUGGACAUACUUGAGGAUGAAAAGACGCCUAUCAUUCUGGGUCGACCAUUCUUGUGGACAAGUCGAUGCAAUUUUGACAUAGAAUAG